AUGGAGAGACCCUCGCGGCCGGCGGCUUCCCCCGCGAGGGGCUGCGGCAAGGCGAGCUCGUCGCUCUCUUCAGCGCGCUCUUCUCGCUGUGCGCAGCUUGCGAGGAUCGCCUUUGAGCCACGGUCUUCCGGCGCCUGCUCCUGCCGGCCUCCGUCUUCUUUUGCAUCUCUGACGGAUGCGUCUUCUUCGUCGUUCUGGCUUCUUUCGUCUUCACAUGGCUGCGUGGGUUCUCCACGCCUGGGAAGCGAUCGCCUUCGUUCCUCCGACGGCAAGCGCGUGCUGCUCGCGGUCGCCUGCUUUCUUCUCGGCUUUUUUCUCAGCGACCGCGGACUGCAGUCCUCGCCUGAGGCGCCGAACACUCUCGACGUUUCCCUGUCCGCUGCCGCCUCGUCCUGGAGCUGGAUCGGAGCAGUGGCGCAAAAACCAGACGAUCCGACUGCCGCGCAAACACAUGACCAUGCAGGGAAUGGAGUGCAGCGCAUCGGCGGCCCCGGACACCCUCUUUUCGCCGCGAAGCCAGGCGCGACAGAGGCUGCGGCUUCCGCGGCCUCGUCUCCUUCUGCGCCUGCGUCUCCUCCCCUGCCGCCGUCCGGCGCUGCUCCCGGAGAUGACGCGCAGAAAGCGAGCGAGGCUUCUGCAGAGGACGCCUCUGCGAAACCCGAGGUCGACGAGCGCCAGACGCCGUCGGCGGAGGCGAGACGCGGGCGGCUGAAGGACAGGCCGUUCUCACCAGAGGAUUUCGAGCGACUGAAGCAAGAGGCAGCCGACGAGAGAGAGGCGAGCGAGGCGCAGAAACGCGAGGGCGCGGCGGCUCCUGAGGCCGCCCCGGCAGACGGAGGAGACGCUCCCUCGAAGCCGUCUGCAGCAGCCGCGGAAGAAGAGCCGAACGGAGCCCCCGGGGUUAGAGAGGCGUCCUCGCGCGAAGCAGAGAAGGCGAACGACGCGGCAGCGUCGACCGACGAGGACGCUGAACUCGCGGCGCCCACCGUUCCCGCUGCGGCAGAGAACGAGCGGAACGCUGAGGGCGCAGAGACUCGGAAGGAGGCACCCGAAGCAGCGCGUGAUUCGCCAGCGAACAAGGUGGAGGGCGACACCAAAACCGAGGCAGAGCGAGCAGCCCAGGAGGCGGAGGAAGCUUUUGGCGACAGCGGGAAGUCGGCUGCUGCUGUCGCAGAAGGCGAAGCGAACGCCACGGAGGAAAGCGGUGAGCAGACGGAACCUCCUGCGCCCACCAUAAACGCCGAGGCGGCUGUACGUACACCGGAGCAGGCUGAAGUAGCGCCGGAGGCUUUCUCCGCCGCCGCGCCUGGAUUUGCGCCGGCGGAAGCCUCUGUGAACUUGGAGACGAAAGAAGAACGUGAGCCGUCCAAGCCGCCGCCCCCUGCCGCAGCGGCCGCAGAAGACGGCGGCUUGAGAGAGCCGCACAGCGGCAAAGCGAAAAAGGACGGCCUCGCUAAGAAGCGAAACGCGGCGCAGAGAAGCCCCCGACGCUUCGGCCGGCAGCAGCAGUACGCGGAGAGCACCGCGCCUUGGCAGGACAAGCCCGCGACGGCGGAUGCAGCCGAAAUCGCCCCUGCUGCAGGUGUACCUGCACCGGAUGCAACCUACGCUGCUCAAGCAGAGACUGCGCAGGAUGCCGCGUACGCUGCCGCGGAGCCUGCGACGGAGUACGGCGGGGACGCGCCGCCAGGCGGUUCUGUGGGGAGGGGCGAGGCCGCGAGCGACUCUGCGGAGAACUACUACGGCGGGUACGCGGCAGCGUCUUACGUCUCCGGCGAGGCGGUCCCGCCUGCUGCGAGCUACGCUGACCUGCCGGAGCAGGAGCCUGUCGCUGCGCCGGUCGCACCCCACGCGUACGCGUCGGACGCUGCGAAGGAGGCUUCUUACCCGAGUUGGGGCGAGGCGGAUCCAACAGCUGAGCCGACUUACGCGGCAGACGAUUUCUACAGUCCGCCACUGCCUGCGGCUUCUGAGGGGAGUGCGGGCACGGCCCCGCCCUCGGCGGCGUACGCGUCGUCGCCGUCCGCCGCCUACGCGUCGUCUGGGGAGGGCGAAGUGGGCGGGGAGCGUUUCGCGUCGUGUCGAGAGCCUCAGGUUCUGGAGUCGACUCUGGAGCAGCACUGCGACGCGUGGUGCACCACGGAGGCGUUGAAGCACUGGGAGGGCUCUCGGCCGGUAUGGGCAUCGCUGCAUCUGAGCCCCGUGCCUUCGUUCCUCGCAGAGCUGCGCACCGGCCUCUUUGUCUUCUUCAUCCGCCACCGCGACACCUUCCAGCGGCUCGCGGCGACUCUGGAGAAGGAAGGCCGCGAGCUCGGGGCCUUCCUCGCGGCGCAGAAUCGCCAUUUCCGGGACGCUUACCCGAACCUCUGGCAGGCGCUCGCCUGGCUCCUGGGCCUGCUGCUGCUCUCCCGCCUGCUCACGGGCGAGUUCCUCCCGCGCCCUACUGCCCUCCUUCUCUGCCUCGGCGGCCGCGAUGGAUUCUGCGAGCGGCGCCGGCGGCGGAAGGAGGAGCAAAGACAGCGCGAAGAAGUCGCGCGCGCCGUCGUGGAGAGUCUGGUGCAGAAUCCGCAAAUCAAGUGGCUGCUGACGCAGACCAAGAAGACCUCGUUCGUCUGCGAGAAGCUCAAGGGCUCACUCGUGGAGACGCAACGCGGCGAGAAGCCUCUUGCGGGCGGCAAGCCCUUCGCGGGCGACGACGAGGACGGCGCGCGUAUGCAUGCGCUCCUAGCCGCCAUGCAGAGAGAGCAGGAGCAGCAGCGGAGGCUCUUGCAGGCGCUCCAGGAGGAACAGAAGGCCGAAAACCUCCGCAGACAGUCCCAGCUCGAGCUGAUUCUCUCCGAAAGCAAAAAACAAUUUGAUGCCGCGACCAUGCAACAGGCAGAGUACAGUCUCUUCUUCCUGCAAGCACUGGGGCGCGUGCUGUGCGCCGUUGACCCUACGUUCUCUCCUGAGGAAAAGGAGGAGCUGGAGGCGUGCGUGGCUCGAAGCGCGGCGGCGAUGCAUCAGUUCUUCUCGGGCGAAGAGGCGAGACCGGAAGACGCGGAGCCGCUCUCCGUGCGAGGCUUGGAGGGCUGCAGCGCGCUGCCCGCGCCCACGUCUCUGCCGGCGGACGAGUCGCUGAAUCAGUUCCUCAAGGCUGGCAUGACUCCGCGCGGCCUUCUCGCGCUCGCGGGUCACGCGGGUCCGACGCCGUUCGCGGCCGCGCGCGCGCCUGGACUCCAGAGAGAAGAGAGAGACGGCGUGACGUCCAUGCCGCAGUCCGCGCAGAGCAACCACGAAGAGGAGCGGAAGGCCAGCGGCGUCUCUGAGAACGCCGAGACCUCCAGGCACAGCAGCAGCAGCACCGGGCACGUCAAGCAGGAGGGCCCGCGGGGCGUCGUUCCCCCAAAUCUCUUUGGCGGCUCGCCGCCGUCGGCGCCGUCGCCAUUCUCUGCCGCGGGGGUUCCGGCAGAGGUCGCGCCGCUUCCGUCGCAGACUCCGUCCUUUCCUUCGCUGUCGCGGCCGGGCUCUGCGGAGAGUCCGCAGGGGCUGCCGAGCGGCCUUUGCGCCUCUCACGGGCGCGCGCCUGCAGCGGCCCCCCAGGGCUUGAAAGAUCCUUUUUCUUCGCAGCCUCCCUGCGAUGACAUCGAAGGGGGAGGCUCCGCAGGACUCCCGACGCGCCGCGUCAGCUCCUCGAGCGUCGUGAGCGCCGGCGGGGCCUCCACACCGACCGCCGCCUCGUCGCCCCUCCCGGGCGGCUUCGCAUCCAACGGGCCCGCGACGAAGGGACACGCCUUCCCGCCGGCGCCUGCUCCGUCGCCCGCGCCGAACGCGCCCGAGAACGCCGGGCCUUCACCCACGUUCCCGCCCGCGCCCGCCCCCUUCGCGGGCCCCGACGGGCCAAGUGCCCCCCGGGGUCGCUCGUUCUCGGGUGACGGCGGGGCGAGAGACGAGACGCUGCCGCAAGCUGGCGGAGAGAGACGCGCAGCGGAGGAUGAGAGAAUGAACGCCAUGAAGAGCUCCCUGCCGAAUGGGACAGGGCCGCUCGGGCCUCUUCCGCCGCUCGGCGUCGCGAAGCCGCCGCUGGACGGCGUGCCUCCGCCGCCAAUGGGCGUGGGCGCCCGCCCGCAGGGUCGCAUCGUGCGCGAGCGAAGGGAGCCUCCGAAAGUCCAAGCGGCAACCAACCCGUUCGGCGUGCCUCCGCCGGCGGCCGGCACGUCUCAUCAUGCGUCGGGUAUGGAUAUUUGA